AAUUUCAUCCCCACACAGCUCCCUUGAGAGCAUACUACGUACCUCUGUCGCAAAGCUCUCCAGUACUUUAUUCCCAAUAGUAGUCACAUCGCAUAUCCAACAACCUAAUCAUUUCACAAACCACUACCAAUCCUUCCUCCAUUCGCAAUCUAACAAGCCCCCGCCAUGAACCGUCUCUUUGGAGCCAAGAGCACGGCACCCAAGCCGACGCUCAACAGCGCCAUAACUAAUGUGGACACCCACGUGGAAUCACUCGACGUGAAGCUGGCCAAGCUGAACGCCGAGCUGACGGCCUACCAGCAACGGAUGGCGAAGAUGCGCGACGGGCCCGGGAAGACGGCGAUCAAGCAAAAGGCGCUCAAAGUGCUACAGCGGCGCAAAAUGUACGAAGGGCAGCGGGACCAGCUGCAGCAGCAGUCGUGGAACAUGGAACAGGCAGGGAUGAUGCAAGAUAAUUUGAAAAACGUCAUGACGACAGUGGACGCGAUGAAGACGACGACCAAGGAGCUGAAGAAGCAAUAUGGAAAAGUGAAUAUCGACAAGAUUGAAAAGAUGCAGGAUGAAAUGGCGGACCUCAUGGAUAUUGGCAAUGAUAUUCAGGAGAGUAUUUCUCGCAGUUACGACAUUCCGGAUGAUGUGGAUGAGGCUGAGCUCGAUGCCGAGCUGGAAGCGCUGGGUGAAGAGGCAGAAUAUGAAGGGCUCGGCGCAAUCGGGGCGGAAGCGGAGGGGACGCCGAGCUUCAUGGUCGAUGAGGUCAAGGCGCCGGAGUUUAUCGAUGAGCCGCCAGAGGCGAAUAAGGUCAAGGAGGCUGCUGGGUAGACGUGUGGCACAAACGCGCCGGACAUGAUGGUCUUGUUGGUGUUUAUUUUUCCUCCAAUUCAGUACUACUUGCGAUAGCUGGCAUCUUUUUCUUUGGCAGCAGGACUGGUCAGUCGAAUUUUGUUGUUUUUAAUCGUUUAUGGUUUUUUUUUUCUUAUUUGAAGUAUAACGUUUGGUAUAUACAUUGAUAUCCU